UCGCUGUGUUCAGAGAUCUGUGUUGAGUUGUUGCUCCUGAAAGGCGCGUCUCUUUGGGAAUACGUGUGUUUUGACACAAGGAGUCGGUUUAUUAUAUCGUUUUUCGCUUACAACGGGAUGCUCUUCUCAUCUCUGGCGAGAGCAUCAGAGGGAUCCCACCUGGCUUUGUUAAGCCUACAUGCCUGUGAAAUGACCGUAUCUCCUGCUUGCCCUCCCGUGGAGUGAGCAGUUGUCCUUGACAGUGAAACUGAGAUAAAGAGACCUAUUCUCCUCCUAUGGAUUACAGACCUGUGGGUCUGAACACCCUGAUGUGGGACAAGAAAGAUAGCUGACUAGGCCACAGAAGCUUGAGAAUCCAAGUGUCUCUCUUGAGGGAUGCAGACUGAUGAUCUUUUUGCCAAAAAUCUUCAAGAUCUGAAUGGGAAUAUGGGACCUCCUAGCACAAACACACAAGGAACACCAGCAGUGCCCAAGAUGGGGGUCCGAGCCAGAGUGUCGGAUUGGCCGCAGAGGAAGGACGGCAACCACGGUCCACCACCGAAUUACGACAGCUUGAUGACAACCUUCCAGAAUGGAGUACCAAGUCAACUGGCAGAAGAUGUUGUCAAACAGAGCCCAGGUUCUCCUCCAAACCCCAGCUUUCUGGAGGCAAAAUAUGGGCUUGGUGAAAUUCUGAGCCAUUCACCUGGUAAAGCGCACCACCCUCUCCAGAAGAGAAGCAAUAGUGAUGUCACAAUCAGUGAUAUAGGAGCGGAGGACAUGAACCAGACGGCGGUCAACCCCAAUACUGGUGCAUCUCUGCACCGAGAGUAUGGAAGCACAUCGUCCAUUAACCGUCAGGGUUUGACCGAUGAAGGGUUCUUCUCCAAUCUUAAGGGAUUUCAGCCAGAACUCUCAGAGCAACCUAGCGCUCCACCACCACACGGCUUUCCGGAGUUCCGUAGAUACGAGACCACCCUCUCUCCCAGCCUUCAAACGGCAGCGCAGAUAGCACGGGGGGACAUUCUCUGCAUUCCGAACUAUGCAGACUAUGUGGACAGUUCGCUCUUCUACAGUCGGGAAAGGGAGAAGUCCUUCUUGCAGCGGCAGAAAUCCGAAAAGGGCGAGACGUCAAUUUUCCGCAGGCUGAAGACCAUGAAAAGUGAGCAACGGCCACUGACCGAACAUGACGAUUGUAGUAGACACGGCUGUCCGUUGAGCUUCCAGAGAUGUUUCGCCCACUAUGACGUCCAGAGUGUGCUCUUCAAUAUUAGCGAGGCUGUUACAAAUCGUGCCAACCUGGCACGACGGAAGAAUAUAACUACGGGAGCUUCUGCAGCAUCCCAGCACCAGGUUGGUGGUGGGAUGUUGGACAGUCCUGACACCUUAUAUGCUUGUGAGUCCCCUUUGGACAAUUGUGAGGAACUUGGACAAAAAUUUUGCACCGAUCCUGACGAGGGGGACGGAAAGAGCAGUGGAUUGGUGCUGAGCUGCCCAUAUUUCCGGAAUGAGAUUGGUGGUGAAGGUGAAAGGAAACUGUGUGCCACCAAACCAAAUAGUAUUCCCUACAACAAUGUUGGCGAAACGUACACCAUUGAAUCCACUCUGAGUUCUCACUGCACUAAUGCAGGGGUUUCUGUCUUGGAAUUGCCUCGUGAGAAUUACGCCUCUCGUGAAAACUACGCUGUUCCACGAGACUGCCUCAAACGCUACAUCAUUGAGCACAUUGACAUGGGUGCAUACUACUAUCACAAAUUCUUCUUCAAUAAAGAGCACCAGAACUAUUUUGGUGUUGAUGAGAACUUGGGUCCGGUGGCAGUUAGUAUCCGGAGAGAGAAGCUGGAGGAGGGGAAGGAGGGAACACAGUAUAAUUAUAGAGUCAUCUUCAGGACCAGCGAGCUUACCACCUUAAGAGGCUCAAUCCUGGAGGAUGCCGUCCCCUCCACGGCAAAGCAUGGGACAUCCCGUGGUCUCCCUCUUAAAGAGGUGUUGGAGUAUGUAGUUCCGGAGCUCAACAUUCAGUGCCUCAGGCUGGCCACCAGCUCGCCCAAAGUCCCAGAACAGCUGCUGAAACUGGAUCAGCAGGGGAUGAGUUACCAGCACAAAGUGGGCAUCCUGUACUGCCAGGUGGGUCAGAGCACAGAGGAGGAGAUGUACAACAAUGAGAGUGGUAGUCCCGCACUGGAUGAAUUUCUGGAUCUGCUGGGUCAGAGAGUUCGACUGAAGGGCUUCAGCAAAUUUAGGGCACAGCUGGACAACAAAACGGACUCCACUGGCACUCACUCGCUCUACACCACCUAUAAAGACUUUGAACUGAUGUUUCACGUCUCUACAAUGCUGCCCUAUAUGCCCAACAACAGACAGCAACUACUGAGGAAAAGGCACAUUGGGAACGACAUCGUCACCAUCAUUUUCCAGGAGCCAGGAGCUUCUCCAUUUACACCCCAAAACAUACGCUCUCAUUUUCAGCACGUCUUCAUCAUCGUCAAAGUCCACAACCCCUGCACGGACCAUGUGUGUUACAGUGUUGCAGUUGCCAGAUCCAAAGAUGUGCCUGCGUUUGGUCCACCCAUACCCAAGGGAGUGAUGUUCCCGAAGUCUGCUGUGUUCCGGGACUUCCUGUUGGCCAAGGUGAUCAAUGGCGAAAACGCAGCUCACAAGUCCGAGAAGUUCCGUGCCAUGGCCACACGUACCCGCCAGGAAUACCUCAAGGACCUGGCAGAAAACUUGACCAGUGCCACGCCUGUGGAUGCCACGGGGGCAAAGUUCAGCUUCAUUACUUUGGGCGCCAAGAGGAAGGAACGUAGCCGGCCACGGAUCAACGCUCAUCUGCACAGUACGGGCGCCAUCACGUGGUCGGUGGUCGCCCGGGACAGCAGCCAAUCUACUGAUAUCGGUUGUUUGCUGGCUGUCUCCCAAGAGUUUGUGGUGCUCAUUGAGGAGGCGUCCAAGGAAGUGGUUUUCAACUGUUACUGCAGGGACGUGAUUGGUUGGAGCUCUUCCUCAACGGCGGGAAGGGUGAAGCUGUUUUACGAGCGUGGUGACUGUGUGGUGUUCUCCGUGCAGGAUGGAUGUCCGGAGGAAGUGCGAGAGGUCACGCAGCGAUUAGAGUUGGUCACCAGGGGCUGUGAGACAUUAGAGAUGACCCUGCUCAGAAACGCCCUCGGCCAGCUGGGCUUCCAUGUCAACUUUGAAGGUGUGGUAGCCGACGUGGAGCCAUUUGGAUUUGCCUGGCAGGCUGGACUCCGGCCUGGCUGCCGUCUGGUAGAGAUCUGCAAAGUUGCUGUUGGAACACUGACUCACGAACAAAUGAUUGACCUGCUGCGGACCUCCACACCUGUCACAGUGGUGGUCAUACAGCCACACGAGGACGGCACCCCUAGGAGAGGUGCCUCAGAGCUGUACCGUGUUCCCAUCAUGGAGUACAAGGCGCUUGGUACUGGGCCUGGUUGGCAUCGGAUGACUCAUGUUCCCCAGGCGCUGCCGCUCUCUCGUGUUUCUCCCACUCAGGCUCCAGAUCGACCCUCUCCAGGACAGCAGAUGUUCCAGUACGCACAGGCAGCUAUCUCACGCAGCACCUCUUUUGACAAGAAGUACCAGGAUGGCUCGAGGGUAUUGCAGGAUUUUGAGAUGGUUCAGAGUCCACCUGGAAAUCCCGGCCAGCACUACUGCAGUUCUCCCAGUAACCAAUCAACCUCCAGUGACCCGGGUCCCUGCGGCACAUGGGCCCAGAAAGCCAGUUAUGACGGAUCGCAGUCACCUGCCCUUCACGACCAGCCAGAAGAGAAGGAGGGAGAGGGGCACAGAGACCGAGAUCACAAGCUGGAGAGAACGCGAUCUGCUGGAUCGCCUUGUGUUCCAGAGGCCAAGUGGCACAUCCCGUCCACCAAGAUCCUGAACAGAGGCUUACAGAGACAGGGGGCAAAAGACACACCUGGUAAAUUUCCCCAAAGCCGUGAGAAGAGCUGCCACAGUCAUUGCUCCAGCCACUCCAGUAACAACACCCUCUCUAGCAACGCUUCAAGCGGCAGCGACGAGAAGCACUUUGGAUCUGGAGACCCAAUGGAUCCGGAGUCACUGGGUCUCACCUACAUCAAGGGAGCAUCCACAGACAGUGGCAUAGAUACAGCACCCUGCAUGCCCCCUCUACCCCUGACCGGUGUGAGACCGUCACGGAUGGUCACGAGUGACGGGAGGGUUGAGGCGGGACUAUCCUGGGUUCUUGAGUACCACGAGGAGGGUGAGACGGAAGAGGGGAGGGCAAAGAUGUUCCUGUCUCAGGGGUACGCUCCUGCUACAGCCACCGGACUCACCACUGAUGGCAGCACUGGAGAUCUGAGCGAGAUCUCAUCCCUUUCCAGUGGUUCUCGACAUUCUGGAAGCCCAUCUGAACGCUGCUCAAAGAGCUCCGGCUCCAUGGACCCCUCCAAAAUCUACAUUAUCUCUCCUAAAGACACAACUUUUGAGGGAGGGCGGGAAAAGUGUCCACACAGCUGUCAAUCUCAAGGCGGCAAGUAUUCGACUGGCUGGAAGAAAGAGGACGAGCACUCACUGGAGGAGCAGCAGCAGGCCAGAGAUUUUAGACGGCUGUAUUUGACAGACUCGUCUCAGGUGGUUAAUGCUGGUGAGCAGCUCCAGACGCUCUCUAAGGAGGGUUUCCUCAGGAUGCUCCUCCCCGACAGUCCCCCGGGGCAGGCAGGUCGCGGCAAGAUACCGAUUGCCGGUCAGUCUCCGCGCCGUUCACUAUACCGUACUCUGUCCGAUGAGAGCCUGUGCAGCAGCCACCGGAGGGCGCUGUCUUUAGCCAGCUCUCGCAGCUCCAUGUUGGAUCAGGCCGUGCCCAACAACAUCCUGUUCAGCAGUACCCUGCCCUACCACAGCACCCUACCACCUCGCAUAAGUCUUAACCACGCCACUGGUCAGCUGAAAAAUGAGCUCUGGUUCUCUGACAGCUCGCUGGCAGACAAGGCCAAGCUGGUGGACACUGGUCUCAUGCCCCUGCCAGACCCCUCUUCUGGUCUCGACUGGUCACAUCUUGUGGACGCUGCACGAGCUUUUGAAGAUCAGACCACGGCCUCUCUGAGCUCUCUGACGGAAGAAGAGCAGAACAAACAGGUUUUGGAGCUCUCCAAGGAGCUGACCAGGAGAGUGGGAUGUGUGCAGGACUCAACCCUGGAGGCAGGGGAAGGUUCUCCUGCGCUUCUCACUGGGAAGGUUAACCAGCUCGAGCUCAUUCUCAGACAGCUCCAGUAUGACUUAAGGAAGGAGCAACAAGACAAAGCUAUGCUCCAGGAACAAGUUCAGCAUCUCCGACAAGACAACCUUCGACUGCAUGAAGAGAGCCAGACCGCGGCAGCUCAGCUGAGAAGAUUUACUGAAUUGUUUCUCAACACAAUGGACCAGAAACCUUGAGUCGAAGUAGUCCAUAACUUCCCCUCUCUUGCUCAGCGACGACAUAACCCAAGGAGAAUCAAAGAUGUUCGAGAGAAACAUUUUCAGCAUUUGAAUGUGAACGUGCGCCGAGCUAAUAUGCUAACACGCUAAAAGUUUUACGAUUAGUUGGCGGCGGAAUAAGAGUAUGUGAAUGAGAAAAGGGAGAGUUUGAAAAUUAAAUACGAUAGAAUCAAGAUGUGAUAUCUAAGGGCAGGAAGGGAACAUUUUUACCAGUCGAAGAGUACGAACACGUUGCGAUCGUGGAAGUUAAUGCAAUAGGCCGUGAUUUCCUUCUAAAAUCUUUAGCUCCUUGGGCUCAACAUCUUCAAGCUAGCAUUGAUCAUUUGUCGAAAGAUGCGACUUACCUUAAUGUCCAAAGCUCCCCGAGACUCUGUGUACUGUAGACCUGUUUUAAAAUAUGUUUUGUAAGUAACCCGUUGAUGCAUACAAAAAAUGUUGUAGCAAUAAUUUUGCUGAUUUAAUCACAGAAUUGUUCCAUAAGAUUAGCACUGAGUGUGAUUUGGUUGUAUUCGAAAACUUUUAUGUAAAAAAAAAAAAAAAAAAAGCAAAUCCUGUGUGUGCCUGAUGUUACUGGUGGUAAAUAGAUUGUCCUUUGGUUCUUUUUGUUUAUCCAUAUUACUCUUCCUCAUGAAAAACUCAUGCCCAUAAGUCUUAUCCGUUAGGCUGCUUACUGGCUUUGUUUUUGCGUAAACAAAAGAAAGAAAAACUCACAUGGUUGCACCAAAAUACGCAAACUAGCACCUGUAAACCACCUAAUAUAAAAGCCAAAUUCUGCUUGUUGAUGUAAAGUACCUCAGAAAAGUGUCUUGUACUUUAGCCCUCUUAUUUAAGCUUAUUUAACCUAAGAUUGUUAUUUUAACGAGUAAUUUCCUUUCCUGCACUAAAACGAGUAAUGGCUCCAUGUGGCAGUACUUCGUAUACUUGUGUACCAUGUCGGCAGUACCGUGCGUAGCUUGGCUGAGAAAUAACUGUAAACAUAUAAUCGGGAGGGACAAAUGUUUGGAUGCUGCUUUAGGACUGGAUGUUGUUUUUUUUUUAUGGCCUUUGAAAGAUGUUUUUAUUUCUUUGUAAAUCUGUUUCAUGGAGGUUAGGAUGGAAAGCUUACCUUUGUAAAAUAAAGUUUAGGAUGUCAAUAAAGUAAGCCUU